UAGGAAGCAAAAAGACGCAGGUUUAAGAGAUCAUGGAACUGUCUGAAGGCCUGGGAGUCAACCGGGACAUUCGUGCAGAGAAUGCGACCCAUGAUCUGGAGCCCAGAGAGUGCCAGGCAGGCCGGGUCAGGGUAAGGGUGGAGGGGAGCUGGUUCACUGAGGAGCGGUCUUUGCUGACGAAGUAUAGCAACUACUUCUGUGCUCUCUUUAAUUCUGGGAUGAUAGAAAGUCAUCAGGAAGAGCUUCACCUGAAAGGAGGAGUGAGUGCAAGGGGUUUUCUCAUCGCGCUUGCUGUCUGCAGGGGAGAGGUUCCCACCAUCAGUGACCCGGACGAACUUGUAGAAGCCGUAGAAUGUGCUGCUUUCCUGCAGGUUCCAUGUUUGGUGCAGCAUCUUUGUGACAUUAUUGACUCAGACAACUGCCUCUUGCUUUACCAUGCAGCCUCCAUCUUUGGGGUGCAUACCCUCUUUCACAACGCAGCGCUUUUCCUUUGUGAUGCUUUUGACGAUUUGAGAGAAGCAGCAGAGAGCACAAUUCCUGAAGACCUUAUUGAUUAUUCUCAAUCAUUGUCUCCCGCAUCUUACAUCGCUAUAGGCACACACUCUCCUUCUAUGGAACUGCUACAGGACUCCUUUAGGGUUGUUUGCUUCCUUGAUGAAAAAGAGGGAGAGUGGAAGCAUCUAACAAACCUCCCAACUCUCUGUAGCACCUCCAUGGCUGGAGUGACAGUGCUUGACAAUCGACUGUACAUUGUGGGGGGAGUUUAUGGUUAUGGCAAGGACACAGUGGACAGCAGCUUCUGCUACAACCCGGAGUCAGGGGUUUGGACUGCUCUUCCAGGUCCCCAGCAACCAAGAUAUGACUUCACCUUGCUGGGGUACGAUGGCCGACUCUAUGCUAUAGGCGGCGAAUUCCAAAAACGAAUCAUUUCUACGGCAGAGAGUUACGAUGCUGAGAAGGGAGAGUGGACAUUUAUACAACACGCACCAAGACCUGUAGCAUCUGCAGCAUGUGCUGUUGCGAGGAGGCGGAUGUUUAUUUGCUUCUGGAAACCACCAGACACCACAGAUAUUUACGAAUACAUACCAGUGACAAAUGAGUGGAAACUUGAAACCACCAUGAUCAAACAUCAGAGCUAUGGCCACUGUAUGGUGGCUCACAGGGACAAUUUGUAUGUAAUGCGAAAUGGGCCUUGUGACGACUUCCUACGUUGUCUAAUGGACUGCUACAACAUUACAACAGGCCAGUGGACAGCCAUGCCUGGACACUACAUCAACAGUAAGGGGGCACUGUUUUCUGCAAUGAUAAGGGGGGACUCUGCGUUCACGGUGAAACACAUGCUAACUCUGGAAUACACCAUCACUGGAAAUGGAUGGAAGCCCCGCAGGCAGAUGAAGGGAUUUCCAAAGAGCGGUUCACUGUGGACGUGUUUACUCAGGCUUCCCAAGACGGGACCAGUUAUACCACAGCUGGAUGCAGAGGGGAAGGAAGAAGAAAUGUCUUUGCCAGACACAUCUGAGGGAUUUGUGGGAGCUAUACCGCAACUGUGAAGUUACCGCUAAACUGAAAA